UUCGACCUCAAGAUAAUUAAAUUCGUUCGUAUAAAAAAGAAAAUGCAUCUAUAUUAAAAUAACGAAUGUCGUAAUGAGGUUUGCGGUGAUUGUGUUAUCAUCAUCCUUCCUGUUCGCCGAUGACACAGUCAUGCCGUUUCAUUAGAACCGGUCAGUGACAAAUCAUCGUCUAUUGCUCGCGAAGUACGCUAUCUGGUCGCAUAUAUGUCACAGAGAGAUCGCCCUGCGUUUUGCACACUUGUUCUGUACAGUUUUACACAUCCUCGUGUGUUUUUAAUUAAUAUUUGUGAGAGGAAGGCCCGAUCGGGAUCAACGCAGUGCGUCGCCUCGCCGUCGAUUCGCCGAUGAUGUACCACAUGUGUAACACCGGGACCGUUCGUUUUCGUAGCACCGAUGAAGAGCCGUGGAUUCGACGUUUCGUCGCACUCCUGAUGAAUUUCGUAUUAAUCUGUGAUCUCGCAGCGGUGUCCGCGUAUAAUAUCGACACGAAUUAUCCGAUACUCUAUCCGGACAAUGCAACUAACAGGCACCAAUAUGCCACCACGGAAUUCGCGCGCGGUUACUUCGGCUAUACAGUGCUGCUGUACCGUGACUCAGAGCAGAAUUCUACAUGGUUGUUCGUAGGCGCACCUCGUGGAAAUUACACUGAGCCGACACGGCUCAGCCGCCGAUCGGCGAGUAUAAGCGAGCCCGGCGUGGUUUAUCGGUGCAUCUUGCCGGGUCCAUGCGUGGAAAUCAGGCCGGCAAUUGUCGAAAACGAAUAUAUCAAUGUUAUAGAUGAGUUAAAAGGACGUAUAAUGAAGGAGCACUCCUGGUUCGGCAGCGCGAUAUCGAUUGACAGGAACAGCGGUUUCUUGACGAUAUGCGCACCUCGAGCGAUUAUGAGUAUUACCUUGUAUAACGGCGAUCAGGUGUAUACUAUGCACGGUAUGUGCUACAAUAACCAGCUGUUCUGGAAAUCAACGGUGAACACGGACAAAUCUUAUAUCAAUAAUUAUGAUUUCACCGACAAAUAUUGGUACGAUCCAGUGCACGGUUUCUCCAUCACCUACGCGCCGUCGAAAAACAGGAACGCAAUCAGCCGUAUUAUUGGAGAGCCGAAUCACCAGAUUAGCGGUUCCGUCACUAUGGUUCAACUCGAGAGACCGACCUAUGCCGAAAUCUACAGACGAACCUCUCGUAUAUCGAUAUUCGACAAUGGGUCACGAUUUGGCUACUCGACAACUGCAGGGUAUUACUUCAGUCAGACUCGGUUACUUUACGCUUCUGGGGAUCCAACGUGGAACCAAGUAGGACAGGUUGCUGUGCUUGACCCGGGCAAAAGUGUGAGGAUGGUUGCGAAUCUCCGCGGUACCGACAUCGGCGAGUACUUUGGCGCGAGUUUGACCACCGGCGAUUUAAAUAAAGAUGGCUUGGACGAUCUCGUCGUCGGAGCGCCACAUUGGAAAAACGAUAACGGCAGGGUUUACAUAUACCUGGGUACACGUAAGGGAGAAUUUGACACAUCCUCGAUUUUAGAAGGCGCCAACGAGGACGCGCAAUUCGGCUACGCUGUAGCGUGCGGCGAUUUGGACGGAGAUGGCUUCAGUGAUAUCAUAGUGGGCGCACCCUGGGACGGGUCCGGGGCGAUUUACAUAUACAACGGCGAUAUAAGCUUGAAGGACAAGGUGAAGCCUGCAGCGUCGCAAAAAAUCACAAUGCAGUUGCCCACUUACAGUCUCCCGACGAAGCUGGACAUACGGACGUUCGGAUUCUCGAUAGCCGAGCCAGUUGACGUCGACGCUAACGGGUACGCGGACAUCGCGGUAGGUGCGUACAAAUCAGGACACGCUGUGAUAUUGCGAAGCAGACCGGUCGUGAGGACAACUCUGACCAUUCGUACCAUACCGGACACUUUACAAAGGAAUUUCAAUAAAUUCCUCGUUCAAGUGUGCGUUGAAUAUCGUGACUACGACAAAGCGAGGGCGCAGGCUUUCAAGAUCAUUCUUACCAUAGACGAGAGACAGAAGCGUACCAAAGAGACCUUAUUGGAGUUAUCGGCGAAUACCCUGGCUGAUAGGUGUUUAAACACGAGUGUUACACUUUCGAAAAAUAUUCAGGAUUUCAUCGAGCCGAUAACCAUUUACGCGCUGCACGAGUUUACGCACAAAGAUUUGCCGGGGCGCACGUUCUGUGACACCUGUCCUGUCGAACGCAAGAGUGACACGUCGAAAGGCGUGCAGGCUUUACUUUCCUUCGACAUCGGAUGCGGAGCGGACAGAGUUUGCAACUCCAACAUAUCCGCGAUUGUAAAAUUUUCAGGAGUCAGGAAUAAUAAUACUUGGGUGAUCGGAUCCAACGAUAUUACUCUAGAGGCGUCCUUAAUGAACCAAGCUGAGCCAUCGUAUCUCACGACGAUCGCGUUUACCCUUCCGCAGAACAUAGUAUUGCGUAGUAUCUUACCGUAUUGUCAGGAGGAUACGGUUGGAGACAAUUUGACGGUCAUCUGCAACGUCGGCAAUCCGCUUGGAAAGGAUGAGCUGAAAGUUGUGAAACUGGAUUUAGAUAUGAGACAUCUGACCGAUGGCUCGCAACACGGACGAGUUCUGGAGUUCAUCACGGAGAUACGGACCCGUAGCGUGAAUCAUGGUACACGUACGAUUAAAUCCUCGCUCACGUUGCAGAGUGAAGCAUUUUUGACGUUGAAUGGGAAAGCGAACGAGGAAAGUUAUUAUUUACCCGACUUGGACAAGGAGCAAUUAAACGUCAGUUUUCAGCACACGUAUCAGAUAUUGAAGUCCGGUGCGACGCCGAUAAGAGAAGCGCAACUUUUCGUGAACAUCCCGACGUCUGUGAACGGCUCAAAUUCUCUGGUAUUUCUACAUAAACCAAGGAUAUACAUAGCUGGAGGAUACCACGAUUGCUCAUCGUACGGGAUAGACAUGAUAGAUGCGCAACAAAAUGAACUUCAAAACGAAAUCUUGUCGGACGCUGCCAAUGUGAAUGCACCAAUUUUCAAUAGCGGGAUGCCGCAAAAUGUACCGCACGAAUUGCGUAAGCGUAGGGACAUAAGAAGCCACACGAUUGUAGCGGCUCAUAUCGUAAAAGCACUUUAUACCGCGAAGACGGUAAAGUCUGAAAAUUCAACCGGCAACCUAACACGACAGGAGGUCGUGCAUCUCAACUGCUCGACGCCCAGCGUGAACUGUUCAGUAGUGCAGUGCGAUUUGAGCGCAUUGAAGACGCAACAGGACAUCGGCAAGUUAGUGAUGAGACUGAUUCUCAACGUUACGAAGCUCAAAGAUACUAUUGGACUGUCGGAUGAAACAAAGAUCGUAAAAUUCAGUACUGAAGCUCAUGUUGAAAUUGUGCAACCGGCUAAUAGAAUCGCCAGCGUCGAAGAUACCAGGUACGCUAUGAAUCUCACGACAGAAUUUCACAGCACCGCAAAGACACAAGAGCUACAGCUGUCGGUUGUGCUUGUGUCAGUCACGUUAGGUCUCAUAGUGUUGUGUAUUAUCGUUAUCUUUUUAUACACGUCAGGCUUCUUCAGAAGGAAGAUGAAAGAAGAAUUGACUGCUUUAAAAGAGAAUGAGAUGACGGAAGAUGUGAACAAAGGGGAAAACACAGGUACGCCGGAAUAGAGAAUACUUUGUACAUCUAUUCCAUUAUUGUUGUGAUACAUAUCCUAUAAGAUAUACAAAUAACAAAUCUGAAUUACAAAAAUUGCCUUUUUUUUUAUUAAUGUGACAAGCACAAUAUGUCUCAUCCAUAU